UAGGCCUGCGUCCUAUUAAUUUCAUUCAGGUAUUCAUUGAGAUUCUCUCCUGAACCUUCGUUAGGGUUUUUGUUCUUGAAGCUGAAGCUCAAUCGUUUCACUCAAUCCUAGCGAUGGCGACUCAAAUCCUCUCUCGCGCCUUCCCUAAAUCUCUAACCUCGGCUUUCUUCUUUUCUCGCUCUCUUUUAUCCGCCGUCACCGCCACUUCCUCUGCUUCUCUCUCCGUCACCGCUCGUUCCCCCCUCUCCGCUCUUGCUUUUCUCCACCGCCUCCGCCCUCUCGCCGUCGCUUCUGCUGAUAUCCAUCGCCGCUUAGUUGCGCCUCCCUCCUUGCGGACCUUCUCGACCCGUGCGACUUCUUCUUCGCUCAAUGAUCCCAACCCUAACUGGUCGAACCGGCCCCCUAAAGAGACAAUCUUGCUUGAUGGAUGUGAUUUUGAGCAUUGGCUUGUUGUCAUGGAGAAGCCCGAAGGUGAUCCCACCAGGGACGAGAUCAUUGAUAGUUAUAUUAAAACUUUAGCUCAGGUGGUUGGCAGUGAAGAAGAAGCCAGGAUGAAGAUAUAUUCAGUUUCAACUAGACACUACUAUGCAUUUGGGGCCCUUGUAUCUGAAGAACUUUCGUACAAACUUAAGGAAUUGCCUAGAGUUCGUUGGGUCCUUCCUGAUUCAUAUUUGGAUGUCAAGAACAAAGAUUAUGGAGGUGAACCCUUUAUCAAUGGGCAAGCUGUUCCAUAUGAUCCCAAGUAUCAUGAAGAAUGGGUAAGGAACAAUGCGCGAGCAAAUGAAAGGAACAGACGCAAUGAUAGGCCUCGCAAUGCUGAUAGGUCGAGAAAUUUUGAGAGGAGGAGGGAAAAUAUUGUGAACAGAGAUACGCAAGGUAGACCUCCCAUGCCAGGACCUCCAAGCAACCCAGUUGGAGUCCCUCCAACCCAACCUGGUGGAUAUUCUCCUAAUAAUCCAGCUGGAUAUCCACAUCACCAGGGUGGAUAUCCUCCCAACAGCCAGGGUGGAUACCCUCCCAACAAUCCAGGUGGAUACUCUGCCAGCAACCCGGGCGGGUACGCGGCCAACAACCCUGGCGGGUAUGCGGCCAACAACCCUGGUGGGUACGCUCCCAACAACCCAGGGGGAUAUCCUCCCAACAACCCUGGGGGAUAUCCUCCCAACAACCCAGGGGGAUACCCUCCCAGCCAAAUGGGGGGAUACCCUCCCAGCCAAAUGGGGGGAUUCCCUUCCAAUAACAUGGGCGGAGGCCCUCCUAACAGCCAGGGUAACACGCCACCCAGCAAUAUGGGAGCGAUGCCAUCUAAUCAGAACCUGGGAGGGGUUCCAUCAAAUGCGGGAUGGUCCGGUAGAGACCAUUAGCUUAGCUUAUACACUUGAAAGUUGAAAUUCGGACAGUGAAUGAGAUGAUUGGGAGAUAUGGCAGUCUUGUGGCCAUGUAGAUAAGGAAGAAUUGUGUCGAGACAACCUGAGGUGAUGUCAUGUGUUGGAAAAAUUCUAAUUUAUUUAGUUUUGCUUGUCAAUCCAAUGAAUGAUGAAUCUUUAUGCUUAUGUUAUGUAAAGGAACAACUACAUAAUUUUUGCAGUCAAGAUUAUGGUAUUUUUUUUUAA